AUGGCGUCGAUAAUGGGCUGGUGGGCAGUCGGCCAGCUACUCAAGCGCGAUGCAUCCGACGCAGACCCGGACGACGAGCCAGAGGCUGGCCAGAAGGAGAUAUUCACAUCGUGGGCCCUGUCCAUCCUGAUUAUGCUCCUCAUAAUAGCCCUCUUCACGAGCUACAUACUCCACACGCGGAAGAUCCAGGCCGUCCAUGAGACAGUACUGUCCAUUUUUGCAGGCAUGGUCGUUGGCCUGCUGCUGCGCCUGACAGCAGUCGCUUCCGUCCGAGAUGUCGUCAGUUUCGACUACCAGAUGUUCUUCAACUUGCUCCUGCCUCCCAUCAUCCUCUCGGCUGGCUAUGAACUCCACCAAGGCAAUUUCUUCCGACACAUUGGAACCAUUCUCACCUUUGCCUUCGCUGGCUCAUUCAUAUCCGCCCUAGUCCUUGGCAUCAUCCUGUUCCUGUGGACCAGGAUACCUCUCGAUGGCUUCAAGAUCAACUUCGUCGAGGCCAUGUCUGUUGGCGCUACCCUCUCGGCCACUGAUCCCGUUACCAUUCUUGCCAUCUUCGAUACGUACAAAGUAGAGCCCAAGCUAUACACCAUCAUCUUUGGCGAGUCUAUUCUCAACGAUGCCAUCGCCAUCGUCGUCUUCGAGACUGCACAAAAGUACAAGGACGGUGCUGAGUCUCUGGGCUUCAUGAGCCUUUUUGAAGCCGUAGGCAUUUUCCUCGGCGUCUUUUUCGGAAGUCUGUUCAUAGGUGUCAUGGUCGGCAUCGGCGUGUCUCUGAUGCUCAAGUUCACCUAUGUUAGGCGCUUCCCCAAGACUGAGAGCUGUCUCAUCAUACUCACCGCAUACUUGACAUACUUUCUGUCCAAUGCUAUCCACAUGUCUGGUAUCGUCUCUUUGCUCUUUUGCGGUAUCUGCAUGAAGCAUUACGCUUACCACAACAUGUCAAGACGGACCCAGUUAACCACCAAGUUUGUCUUCCAGGUCACCUCCCAGAUUUCGGAGAACUUCAUCUUCAUCUACCUAGGCUUGUCCCUCUUCACUGAUGACAAGCUCGAUUACAAGCCCCUCUUCAUAUUGAUUACCGUAUUCGGCAUUUGCGCCGCUCGCUGGUGCGCAGUGUUUCCUCUUUCAAGGCUCAUCAACUCUGUCACAAGAUAUCGCCAGCGCCGUCGCGGCGACGAAGUUGUGGAAGAGAUUCCUUAUCCUCACCAGGUCAUGAUCUACUGGGCAGGCCUGCGUGGUGCUGUAGGUGUUGCGCUUGCUGCAGGUCUCACAGGUAACAACGGCGACACACUGCGAGCCACAGUUCUUGUCGUAGUCGUUCUGACUGUCAUCAUCUUCGGCGGUACCACUGCACGCAUGCUAGAGAUUUUGGGUAUCCGCACUGGUGUAGUCGAAGAGAUUGACAGCGAUGAUGAGUUCGACAUUGAGGUCGUUAAUGGCGGCACCUACACACGCAAACAGGGUCAAGCUUAUGGCAACACCCCACGUCCCGGCCAAAAUGGCUUCUCACUCAACAAUGUCAACGGACCCGACGCUACAUACUCUAGCGGAUCCGUUAGUCGAAGUAGUCCACCCACACGACCAAACGGCGCUAUGCGACGCAACUCGAGCCAUCCACGUGCUAGAGACGGCGCAGACCAAAGUCUCCUCAGCCCAGCUGAUAGCGGCUCUGCUGAUGAAGAUGACAUCGACCUUGACCUUCCUCCCAGCGCACGCCGCUCGCCGAAUCGCGGCCCGUCGCCAUUAAUGGGCGACCCAUCCCCGUACCCGACAUCAGGCAUAAGACCGGUCGGCUCGGCGGCCGAGGGCUCAAGUAGGGUUGCGACUGCCACAGGUGCAGUGAAGCAGCUCUUCAACGAGAUCAGCCACGAUCCUGCAAACGCCUUCAAGCAGAUCGAUGACGGCUUCCUCAAACCACAUCUGCUCCUAGACCAAGGCAAAGGUCCAGGGCCUGGUAAUGUUUGA